CGCGAGCGCAGCCCCGCCGCGCGCGCGUAAAGCAAAACAGCCAGAGAGCGCCAAAACAGCGCCACACCGCCCCGCGCGGCCCCGUAAGGCGCACACGCAACAGCAAGAGCAACGCCACCAUGACGGAGACGGGCCAGUCCCUCGCCUCCUUCGGCCUCUGCCUCGCCGCGCGCAAGGCCGUCGUCGACAAGCAGAUGGGCGCGGACCCGAACCUGCCGGGCCCCGGCCAGUACAUCAAUCCUCUGACGCUGGGACGCAACAAGAACGGCGAGGUCAAGUCCGUCGAGUCGAAAACGAGGUCCGAGCCGUCGGCCUGCAUUGGACGCGAAGCGAUCAACGAUUGCGGGAGGCCCAUCGAGAAACAAUUGGGGAACGCCUCGACGAACCCCGGCCCGAAGUAUCAAUUGGACAAUAUUACGUAUGGUAUCCAAGUGCAGAGCAAGAUCCGGAGCGCGCCGCGCAUGAAGUUCUCCACGGGACCUAGAUUGGCGACGAGCGGCCCCGGCACGAAGACCCGCAUGGCCGAGCCGUCGCCGCAAACCUACGAUGCGGCGGCCAUCGAGAAGGGCCAGCGCAUGCUGUCUACCGGUAGAAACAUCCCGGGCGUCAAGUUCAUGACAGGGCCCCGCACCUACAACAACGCCGCGGAACGCGAGAACAAAUCUAGACCUGCUCCGGGCCAGUACGACUCCCACGGGAGCUGUGGGCGGCAGAUCGAGUCCAAGUACCGUAGCUCAAAAAUCUCGACGAUCGGUGGUGGGAGACACAACAUCGGCGCGAAGACGCGCGCGCAGGAGCCGGGGCCCGGCCACUACAUCGACCCCCUCAAGGAGGGCCGCAACGAGAAGGGCGAGGCGAAGCCCGUCCUGUCCUCCCAGAAGAGCUAUCCUUCCGCGACGUUCGGCACGGCGGCGCAGCGGCCGUACGCCGGCGAGGGCGGCAACAAGCUCGAGGUGCGGCCGGGCCCGAAGUACCAGAUCCAGGGCUCCAUGGGCCGCAUGCUCGACUCGCGGUACCGGUCCCAGCCGAUCAUCUCCUUCGGCGCGCGCUGAGGCGACUCCCCCAAUUCCCCGCCCAAAAGGGGCCCCGCCCGCCGCGCGUAAUGUGCUAGAUAGAUUUUUUGUCGUUAGGCGCGCGUGAGGGAGCUUAUGGAUAGGUGUGGGUUCCGCUCGAGAGCGGGGUGCGCGCACGA